AUGUUCAGCAGAGGCUUGUUCUUUGCGGCCAGCGCUACAUUCCUUGGACCUAGCUUGAGCCAAACAUUGCCCCCCGGCCACACAAUCACUUGGGAUGAGGCUUCCGCAGCAUCCAAAGACUUCGUGUCCCAGUUGACCACAGUCGAAAAGAUUGGUCUCGUCACAGGAGGUUACUCGAGUCCCAACCUUCCAUGCGUGGGUGCGUUCGGGUCUAUCGAGCGACUGGGAUUCGAGGGGGUGUGUUACUCGGAUGGACCUAGCGGGUACUCGCGUUCCGAUGGUGUCAGUGUCUUCCCUGCCGGGAUCUCGACAGCAGCUACUUGGGACAAAGACCUCAUGUUCCGAUGCGCCGUCGCCUUCGGAAAAGAGUUUAGAGCUAAGGGAGCUCACGUUCACUUGGGCCCAUCUUCGGGACCUCUUGGACGCCACGCAGUGGGCGGCCGUAAUUGGGAAAGCUUCGGGCCUGAUCCUUACCUGGCUGGAGUUGCCAUGAAUGCUUCGGUUAUCGGUAUUCAGUCAGUCGGCGUACAAGCCUGUUCGAAACAUUUCAUUGGAAACGAGCAGGAAACCCAACGGACUUCGACUGUUAGCGACAACGGCACAAUAAUUGAGGCCAUCUCCUCGGACAUCGAUGACCGCACUAUACACGAGCUAUACCUAUGGCCAUUUGCCAAUGCCGUGAAGGCCGGGACAGCAAGCAUCAUGUGCUCAUACAACCGGGUCAAUGGAAACUACUCUUGCUCCAAUCCAGAGAUGAUUUCGAUCCUCAAGGAUGAGCUAGCGUUCCCAGGCUAUGUGGUUUCCGACUGGUACGCUACCCACGAGACGCUGAGUUCCGCAAAUUCUGGGCUCGACUUGGAGAUGCCGGGCAAUGUCAGUGCCGCGGCUGGAGCCUCCUACUUUGGCGAUUCACUCCUCGACGCAGUCAACAGCGGCCUCGUUUCAGCGGAACGCCUCGGCGACAUGGCAACAAGAGUUCUGACACCGUACUUCUUGCUUGGACAAGACAAGGAAUUUCCUUCUAUUGAUCCGUCCAGCGGAGCCGCAUUCCUGCGCUAUCAGUACGGGCAUCAGAUUGCAAUCCCAUCGAGCUACGCGGAAGUUCCUGCUCGUGAUGUCAGAGGGAAUCAUGCGGAGCUCAUUCGAGAGAUCGGUGCUGGGGGAACUGUGCUCCUGAAGAACGUCAACGGCACUCUAUCUUUGACUGACGAACUCAAUAUUGGAGUUUUCGGCAAUGAUGCCCCUUAUCCUACCAUUGGCUCGGUCUUCCUUGAUAUCGGUACCCAGCCAGAAGGAUUCGAAAUGGGCACCGUCGAUAUUGGCGGGGGUUCCGGGACCGUUCGACACACGGACUUGGUCAGCCCUUUUGAAGCCAUCCGAAAGCACGUGGAGUCUUUGGGUGGGCGAGUGCAGGCGGUUUUCGACAACGAUGAGCUAGCGGAUGGCCGCUUCAGAACGAUCUACCCCGUCCCGAACGUCUGCCUUCUCUUUCUCAAGUCCUACGCUACCGAGGGCCAAGACAGACAGUCUGCCGAGCUACAGUGGUCUGCUACGAAGGCUGUAGAGAACACCGCGUCAAUGUGCUCCAACACUGUCGUCAUCGUCCACGGGCCCGGCGUGGUGGUCAUCCCGUGGGCGGACAACGAGAACGUCACGGCCAUUCUGAACGCUCAUUACCCGGGAGAGCAGACGGGAAACUCCAUUGUCGAUGUUCUUUGGGGGGCGGUCGAGCCAUCGGGCCGUCUUCCGUAUUCUAUUCCGAAGGAGUGCCAGGCAUCAGGGUCGGAAGGACAGAUGAUUGACUACCGGCACUUGGACGCGAACGCUAUCGAGCCUCAACAUGAAUUUAUCCAUGUCGAUACCGAAAUCGCCCCUAUUGCGGAUGAAGGGAAUGGCGUGGGGCCAGGCGAAUUAAGCGACCUCUGGGAGGUGGUGGCCUCAACGGCCAUUGAGGUCACGAACUCAGGAAGCCUGGCAGGAUCAGCCGUGCCCCAGCUGUACGUUUCUUUUCCCAACUCCACGACACCAGAGGGGACGCCCGUCAAGGUUCUGAGAGGUUUCGAAAAGGUGCAUCUUGGAGUCGGUGAAACCAAGUCUGUGGCCUUCGAGCUCAUGAGAAGAGAUUUGAGUUUCUGGGAUACGGACCAGAAGCAGUGGACUAUCCCCAGUGGCGCAUUCCGCUUCAUGGUUGGUUCCAGCUCGAAGGACAUCAGAGCUACGACCGAAACCCAAGUGAUUUCUUAG